AUGGCGAACGCCGGCGCAAAUGAUUCGCGCCGGCCUCCGGAAGACUACGGCCAGCGAUUCCGUCAAACAAGNCGCGAUUCAGUACACAACAACGUUGCCGAGCCUGUCAGAAGCAUGGCGAACGCCGGCGCAAAUGAUUCGCGCCGGCCUCCGGAAGACUACGGCCAGCGAUUCCGUCAAACAAGCGCGGCCCAUGUUGCGUCGGGGGCUCAGCAUGGCCAGCGGGAUGUUAGAAGAAGAGAGGGGCCGGGUCGCUUUCAGGCUGGCUUGGGUGACCGCCGGUCGUUGGGGCGAAAUCAAGCUUCACCAGCGGCAUGGAAAACACACGCCGCCUCUGCGAAAUGA